ACUUCUGUGAGCAAGUGGACAGACACACAGACGCUGCUCAUUUUCGGAGAGCUAUAAAUAAAAGAAGCAGAACGGGAUCUUGGGAGCUCACAAUGACACACCAAACAGAUUUUUACUUUUAUGCUAAGUUAGCCACCUGAAACAAAUCCCUACCUCAACCCAACAAGUGGACUUGAACACUGGGAGAAAAGGGGAGCAUUGAAUACCUUCCUGUGGACGUCUGUUUAAACUGCAUUCAGCAAAGGUUUGCUGUGCCCAGUAGAUGCUUUCUAUCUCCAACCAUGGGAGAAUGGACCAUCCUAGAGCGCCUCCUGGAGGCUGCUGUGCAGCAGCACUCUACUAUGAUUGGGAGGAUCCUGCUGACAGUGGUGGUCAUUUUCCGCAUCCUGAUUGUGGCCAUUGUGGGGGAGACGGUGUAUGAGGAUGAGCAGGCCAUGUUCGUCUGUAACACUCUGCAGCCCGGCUGCAACCAGGCCUGCUAUGACAAGGCCUUCCCCAUUUCCCACAUCCGCUACUGGGUCUUCCAGAUCAUACUGGUGUGUACGCCCAGCCUCUGCUUCAUCACCUACUCUGUCCAUCAGUCAGCAAAGCAGAAAGACAGACGCUACUCCUUCCUCUAUCCCAUUCUGGAGAGGGAUUACGGGUGUAGGGACGGUGCACGGAAACUCCGCAACAUUAAUGGAAUUCUAGUUCAGCACGGUGGUGAUGGUGGAGGAGUGAAGGAAGAACCUGACUGCCUGGAGGUGAAGGAAAUCCCCAACGCCCCCCGAGGCCUGACUCAUGGUAAAAACUCUAAGGUCCGUCGGCAAGAAGGGAUCUCCCGCUUUUACAUCAUUCAGGUGGUGUUUAGAAACGCACUGGAGAUCGGCUUCUUGGCGGGCCAGUACUUCCUGUAUGGCUUCAGUGUGCCUGGGAUUUUCGAGUGCGACCGCUAUCCAUGUCUCAAGGAGGUGGAGUGCUAUGUGUCGCGGCCCACGGAGAAAACGGUGUUCCUGGUGUUCAUGUUUGCAGUGAGUGGCAUCUGUGUGGUGCUCAACCUGGCUGAGCUCAACCAUCUGGGCUGGCGCAAGAUCAAGGCUGCCAUCAGGGGCGUCCAGGCCCGCAGGAAAUCCAUCUGUGAGAUCAGGAAGAAGGACAUGGCCCAUUUGUCCCAGCCGCCCAACCUGGGACGCACUCAGUCCAGUGAAUCAGCAUACGUGUGAACAUGAAGAGACGGAAAGGAGCAUGAGUGGGAAGAAUGCGCAAGUAAAAAGAAAUGUGUAAUUUUAAUUUUGAUGAUGUGGAGGUCAAAGAAGAUGACCUCUGUUCUGUGAUGAUGGAAUGAAUCGAAUGUAAGAAAAUCAAAUCUCCAACUCUAGGAUUUUGUAAGUCAAGAGGCAAAACAAGAGGAACAUUCUAAAAACCUGGCCAAUCUUCUACAAAUGAACAUGAUUUUGAUCUUUUUUUAAUCUAAUUACCUUUCCCUGUGCCCCGUUUUUCUUUCCAUGGGAGGAAUUAGAGGACAGGACUAGAGAUGAGAGGAAGAAAGAAGAGAGAGGAGAGCUGAUGGGAGUUUAAAUUGGUGUUCGAUUCAUCCAAUGGUGCUUUUCUUCUGUUUGCCUCAGUGAAGAGGGAUGAAGGAUACGGGGGUGGGACACAUCAAGCCGAUGAAAACAUCCUUAAAAAAGCCAUGAGAGACUUCAGAGAAUUACAUUACAGCAAGUUAGAGAGUGAGGAAGUGAAGGAGCAAGGGAGGAGCAAGGGAAAAGGGGGCACUUCUUCACUCCGCCAAGAGCUGCCUCUGAUUAUUGUCAGCCUCACCUCUGCUGGAACACUGUCAUGAGUCCAGACCUCGAGAAAAAGAUGGACUAUGUUUGUGUUUUGUCUCCUGGCAAAGGAUGACAUGAACACAAACACGAGGAAGUACCAUAAACACGUCCCUCUCCCCUAUCUCUGGCUCUCUCUGGCUCUCUCUGCUCUACAGCUGGCAGCGAUGUGGACCCCCGGGGUUCUGGAUGACAGUGAAGACCUUCGCCGCACUCCUGCUACGUAAACCAUGGAGACGAACUAACGAACAGCGGCACAAACGUGUGUCCGUCUCUCCUGAAGCACAAACCAAACGUCCCUCCAGCAUUCCAGUGUGAGGAGAAACAAAGGACAGAUGGACAGAUUUCCACACAUUUUAUAAAGUACAGUAUCUCACCACGACUCAAGACAGAUUUUCUUUUUGAGAAAGUGAUGGUGCCAUCCCUGUGUUACAUGGAAUAUGAUCAUAUUAUUUAUCCAUUGAUCCAAAUAGAGUAUAUCCAAAUAGAUUUAUUUGUCUUGCGGGUGGAAAGGUUGGGACUUGUUGUUUUUUCACAUGUAAAUGUCUGUGUGUUAGUUUAAUGGGUACU